AGUUAACACGCCUUUUUUAGAAUAGGAGGAUCAGACUCUAUACAUAUAUGAAAACUGUGUUAUUUACAAAGGGAAUGGUUUUAAAUACCUCUUGUAUAAUUAAAAAUGUUAUUGCUGCAACGCGUCGCGUUGCUUCCUUAAUUAACAUUCCGUACAAUAAACAAGUAAUUAGACCAGAGAUAAGGAAAAAGUGAUUGUUAUGUUAGGCAAAAGAUGACGAUGCUAUGUCUUUGUUUCGAGCCGUCUUAUUGCCUCAGAUAGCGACGUACUCUACGCUUGAUUAUUUAUCUUUUUAUCACAUGCAGUAGUAGUAGUAGUAGUAGUAGUGUAGUGGUGUCGUAGUAACGGCCGUGUUUGCUUGAGAAAGAUGCCAAAUAUUGACGCGAUACACUUUGGCAAUUCAUCAAAAUCUGUCUUCCAGUAUGGCGUCCUGAUGACAGUAAACAAUUAAUCUUGACAACUCCGUUUUUCUUUUCUCACGCAGAGAGGAAGCGCGAUAAUUGUCGUGCAUUCUGCGAGCCUCGAGAUAUAUGUUUGUAUAAUUCACAUCUCGUAUUCUCUUUUUUUCUCCUAUUUUAUAUUCAUUUCAUUCCUCCUUACAUAUACAUGUAAGAAUCAUUAAUUCGCUACAACAGCGAAAUUUCGAACAUUUUUUUAUAUGAAGGAAUGGUCGUCGAUCCGUCUGUUUCAUAAAAAGCACUACAAUUCGAUGUAUUUUGUUAUGAAAUAUUCGCGAGAUUUUCUCUUAAGGGACACUCGUUGAUACUAAAUCCUCCAGAUUUUGCAUCUCUCUAGCAUGUGACACAAACGAGAAUUGCGUAUGCGUAUUAAACGUUCUCACAAUUUCACGAACACCCGUUCAAACCCGUGACUACGCAGCGGAAAGAAUUCCAGCAAUUAGAACUGCUAGGUUUCAUCGAGUUUUUAUUUCCAAGAUCUAUCGUGCAGAUCUCACGUGACUCGUGUAGAUAUAUGAUUAGCGCGAUUCACUGCGACAUUAUCACAUGACAACUAAUACCACGGAAAUUAUCACGAGAAUCGCGACGUUGUUAAACAUUUCGCAGAUAUGAGACCAUAUCGUCGAAUCGGCCUGUCUGCUGACUGUCGAUCGUUGUUUGAGGGAGGCUUAUCUCGAGGGUUGCCGCAUGGCACGUUAAAUGCUUUAUCAUGCCAUUAAUCGGAUACUUGAAAAACCGUUGCGUUCCUCGCUGCGGUGGAUUAUCGCAAUUGCCGAAGGUGUCAGUGUUUAAUGAACUUCGUGCUGAAUAAGAAGCCUUGAUCACGAUUCUUUGAUCGCACUUUUUCCACGAAAAUCAACACCGAGCUACGGUUGUACGUUUAUUAACUGCACGCGACUCGCUGCACAAAAAAUUAUCCGUGAGAAUUAUUACAUUUGUUGCAUGUGACGCGUAUAGCGGAAAUUGGUGCGUGUGCGAGAUCAUGAGGCUAUGGCCAAAUGUUACGUUCUCCCGGAGUUGCGACCUCAAGGGGCUCCUUCUACGGAGGAUACCGAUCCUGGCAUGGCUACCUCUGUACAGUUGGGGGAAACUUCUGCAGGAUACUUUGGCAGGGUUGACAGUGGGUUUGACCGCGAUACCGCAGGGCAUAGCGUAUGCGUUAGUGGCUGAACUUCCACCUCAGUACGGCCUGUACAGCAGUUUCAUGGGUUGCUUCGUUUAUCUGGUGUUCGGUAGCAGCAAGGAUGUCACCGUGGGUCCUACCGCGUUAAUGGCUUUAUUGGUGCAGAAGCACGUGAUGCGACUAGGAGCGAAUCUCGCCGUGCUUAUGUGCUUCCUGUCCGGCAUAGUGAUCAUGAUCAUGGGAAUACUUCACUUGGGAUUUCUCGUAGACUUUAUAAGCUUGCCCGUAAUAGGCGGCUUCAGCAAUGCCGCAGCGAUUAUUAUCACUACUUCUCAGGUGGGCACCUUGCUGGGUAUAAAAGGACGUAGCGAUUCCUUCAUCGACUCAGUCGUGAAAGUUGUCGAACAUCUAAAUGAAACUAAACUUUGGGACACGGUGUUGGGGGUUUGUACGAUGGUGGUGCUGAUUCUGCUCAAGAAACUGCCUGGCAAAAAAUUGGGAACCCCAUUCGAGAAAUUCAUGUGGGUGAUUUCUUUAGCUAGAAACGCCAUAGUCGUGAUACUUGGAAUUCUCAUAACUUACUUGCUGUUUUCUCACGGAAUCGAGCCUUUUCAAAUUAUGGGCAAUAUAACCGAGGGCUUGCCGUCGUUCUCCUUACCGCCGUUCAGCAUCGUGAAGGGUAACCAUACGUACACCUUUACGGAUCUGAUAGGCGAGCUUGGCAGCAGCAUUCUCUCGAUACCGCUCAUCGCCAUGGUGGAGAGCAUCGUCAUUGCUAAGGCGUUCGCCAAAGGGAAGACCAUCGAUGCCAAUCAGGAGAUGCUGGCGCUUGGACUUUGCAACAUAUUCGGCAGUUUCGUGAAAUCGAUGCCCACGACAGGAAGUUUCACCCGCACGGCCAUCAACAACGCUUCUGGUGUCAAAACGCCGAUGGGUGGUGUGAUCACUGGCGGUCUGGUGCUUCUCGCGUGUGGUUUAUUGACAUCUACUUUCAAGUUCAUUCCCAAAGCCGCACUGGCAGCCAUCAUCAUAAUCGCGAUGUAUCACAUGUUCGAUGUGCAAAUUUUCAUCGUUUUAUGGAGAACAAAAAAAAUCGAUCUGGUGCCGCUGACAGUGACGUUAUUAUGUUGCCUGGCGGUCGGUUUGGAGUACGGUAUGAUCGCCGGGAUUGCGGUAAAUCUAAUUCUCUUACUCUAUUUCGCGGCCCGGCCUGGACUAUUGAUCGAGGAGCGGAUCGUCGAUGGUUUGACCGUGCUUUUCGUAUCGCCGAAGCAAUCUCUGAGCUUUCCGGCUGCGGAAUAUCUGCGAGAACGGGUAAUGUCCUGGUGCGACACGAGAUCGAGAAACUUGCCGGUGGUGCUCGAGGGUCGUCACGUGCUCAGGAUCGACGCCACAGUCGCGAAAAACCUGGCGCUGCUGCUGUCGGAUCUCGCGGCGCGGGAUCAGAAGCUCAUCUUCUGGAACUGGUGCGAGGAUGCCAAGCAGACUCUGACAAGUUACGAGCCGUCCCUUGCGACCUACUGCAGAUCCUCCGGCAGCAUAGCGCAAAUAUUCUCAGGCGAGAUCGUGAUUUGCUGAUUGAACUGAGAGCUACCACCAUAACAGAUGUGUGUUCACUAUGUUAUCUAGAUAAAUUCAAACAGAUCGCUCAAUAUUUUUAAUGCGAAUUCUUUAAGGCUAUUAUUAAUACGUAUAUUAUAUGUAUACAAUUAAAUAGAUAUUAAAUAUAAAUUUAAAGUUUUGGA